UUUAACCUUUCUCAGUACAGUUGUAUUUUGAUGGUAUGUUUCUUAUUUUCUUUUCCUGAAAGGUCCAAUUAUGUUGCUGCCUGGUACGCAGCCAAGAUGAUGGUUCCAGCAAAACAGGGGCUCAUUGUCAAUGUGUCAUCUUCUGGAGGAAUGCAUUACCUGUUCAAUGUUGCAUAUGGUGUUGGCAAAGCAGCAAAUGACAGAAUGGCCGCAGAUAUGGCUGUUGAACUACGGAAGCAGAAUGUGACAUGUGUUUCACUGUGGCCUGGGCCUGUAAGGACUGAACUGAUCCAAGAAUUGGUGCUUGACAAGGCUGCUGAGGGCGAAAAGCAAAGCAAAGCAGCUGGUAUUUUCAAGGAUGCUGAAGAUGUAACUUAUUCCGGCAAAGCUGUUGCUUGGCUUGCAGCAGAUCCCAACAUCAUGAAGAAGAGCGGUCGUAUUUUGAUCGUGGCUGAGUUGGCGAGAGAAUAUGGCUUCAAAGAUGUUGGAGGAGUUCAGCCAUUAUCCAUUCGCCAAGUCAAGUUUCACCUUCAGAGGACGUACCCUUCCAUGGCGUGGAUGGUGCCUGAGUUUGUUUAUGUUCCGGCCUGGCUAGUUGGAGCUGCUACUCACAAGCUUUAAUCACGUGAGAGGUCGAGAGGCACCACCGAAUGCGUGACACUUGCGUGACACACCAAAAUGGCUUGUGAUAAGAGAAUGAUGAAAACUGUCAUGAUGAGAUGUGAUGAUUGUAGAAUGUUUAAAUUAGAUAUAUAUUCAAAGAUAAGCAACUGUACUUUAAUGAUGAAACCAUGAAGAAUCAGGAAUAAAGUUUCAAUUACAUCUUU